UUGGGUUCCCAUAAGCUUAAUUGUCAGUCUGAAAAAUCUCUUUCUGAGUGUGUACAGAGUGUUAUUUGGUGCCUUUGCUGCCACGUUUAGCUUUCCAGAGCAAGUUUUAAUGGAGUGAAAACUGAUACGAUUUUUAGUUUAAUUACUCCUCUUUGGAACUCAUUUUGAUCAGCUAUAAAACUAAAGAUAACCACGUUUUUGUUUCUCUUGCUGCAGCAGAAAUCCAUGAACAGCAGCGGAGAUAAAAGAAGCACAUUCCCAAGGGGACUGUGGCACCACAAAUAUUUUUCAUGCUGGCUUAACCCUCAAGGGCAUCAGUAACUUCAAAUGGCUGGGGCAGGUAGAGGAAGAGGGCGUGCUGCAUUUACCUUCAAUAUAGAAGCUAUUGGUUUUUCUAAAGGCGAAGCACUACCUGAAGCAGCAUUCAAACCCCCACCACUCUUUCCUAGUACAGACUGUAAACCAGUGCCUUUGAAAACAGGAGAAGAUGAAGAUUACAUGUUGGCCUUAAAGCAAGAACUUCGAGGGACUAUGAAAAAAAUGCCUUACUUCAUGCCAGUAGAAGAGGAACAUGAAGCAAUUGAAAAAUACAGUCAAAAAUACCAGCAGCUAAGCAAAGAGCGUAUGGCAUGGACCCCAGAUUGGAGAAGACUCCCAAGAGAAAUUAAGCCAAGGAAGAAGAUCAAAAAAGCAGGUGGAAAACCAAAAAAGGCAAAAGCUGAUGCAAAAGUUGAUGCAAACAAAAGUAAUGUGGAUGUGUUGAAAAAAAUUGAGGAGUUGGAAAAGAAAGGCGAUGAAGAAGAAAAAUCAGAUGAAGAGAAAGAGAAAAACAAAGAUAAAGACAAGGAGGAUGAAGAAGAAGAAACAGCAGCCGCAGAAGAAGAAUAUGAUGAAGAGGAGCAAGAAGAGGAAAAUGACUACAUUGCUUCAUAUUUUGAAGAUGGUGAUGACUUUGGUGCUGACAGUGAUGACAAUAUGGAUGAAGCAACCUAUUAGUUCAUAUGUACUUCUUCAGCCUUUUAAUACUUCCGUUUAAAUAGUUUGGAGGUGGGCCAAACAACCUCAACUCUUCAUACAGCUAAUAAAGUUUGAAGGACUAACUACAUAUAUGGACUUAAGUACAUAUGUGCUCAGAAGAUUGGACACUUUGCUUUUAUUAUUUUAUUGUGGUGAAAAAUGGUAGACCAGAUGCAAUAUUCUGCUCUUGCCAAAUAUUUUCCAGACAGAUAUUUACCACUGUAAGGUACUCUGAAUCUCCCAGGUAUGAAAGAUGAUAUAUGCCAUUGUAUUGCCGCUGCUGUACUGGAAAAGAAUGUAUUUUGAUUGAAUUGUGCCUACGCUUUUACAUUUUUUUAAGUUCUGUGCAUUACGGGCCACAUCUUGGCUCUAUUGAAAUUAAUAGGGAAACUCCUAUGGACUUUGUUGAAACCAGGGCUUAGACCUUCCUGAAUACAUGCUGUUUCUGUUUAACAGUUGACUUUCUAAAGGAAUUUAUAAACUUCAGUAUUAAGGGGAUUGAACUAACACUAAUCACCAAGCACUUUAAUUAGCAUACUAACUUGAAGGUACUUUGGUGCCAUGGACUAACAGGGUAAGGAAUGUUUUGAAAGGUUCUCACAUUCUAGUCAAAAGGUUUUUUUUUUCUCAUCAGUCGACCA